AUGACAGCGGUGGCGGUGGACCGGGAUAAGAACAGCCAGUAUGCUGUGAAAUGGGCCACUGAUCAUCUUCUCAUUGCUAACUCCAAUCAACUUCUUCUUCUUCUCCAUGUCAGGAGCAAGUCUAACAAUGGGUUUGCAAUAAGCGACUUCGGUGGUAGCACAUCCGAGUCAAUGGCGGAACAUGUUUUUCUUCCGUACAGAACAUUUUGUGCUCGUAAAGGGAUACAGACAAAAGAGGUUUUGAUAGAAGAAAUUGAUGUUGCAAAGGCCAUCUCUGAUUAUAUUGCCUCCCACAAUAUUCACAACUUGGUUGUUGGUGCUGGUAGCAGAAAUCUCAUUACAAGGAAAUUCAAGCCUCCAGAUGUGGCUUCAAUACUAUCAAAAACAACACCAGAUUUUUGUGCUGUUUAUGUCAUAACAAAAGGAAAGGCCAUAAACGUCAGAUCAGCAAAAGGCCCUGCACCUGCACCCACACCCACACCCACACCCACACCCACACCUGCCAUUGCCAGUCCUCUCCCUCCAUUUAUUCCCCAUUUUCUCCCUGACGUCCUUGAAACUGAUCAAGACGCUCCCAACAGAAAAGCAUUCAAGAGAGGAAAUGGAAGAGGAUCAGUAAUACCAUCACCAUCACCAUCACCACCACCAUCAUAUUUGGUUAAUAGAAUACAACCCAUGGCUACUAAAGCAAUGGCAACCAGCCACAACAACACCAAUAUUAUUAGCACUGAACCAGUUUACCGUCCUUCCAACCGGGUUCUGUCCCGGGAGACCUUCCCAGAAGAUGGGGAACUUUUAGGGAACCAUUGUCCCCCAGAUGGCCCUCCAGACAUCUCUGAUGAGUCCUCCUUCUCAAAGAACUCUUUCACUGGUGGAAUUCCAAGAGAUUGGGAAGUUGAGAUGAAAAGGCUAAAGCUUGAGCUGAAGCAAACCAUGGACAUGUAUAGCACUGCAUGCAAAGAAGCAAUCUCAGCCAAACAAAAGGCUAAAGAACUACAUGAAUGGAAAGUUGUAGAGACGAGAAAGUUCGAAGAGGUGAGACAGGCAGAGGAAGCAGCAUUGGCAAUGGCAGAGAUGGAGAAAACAAGGUGCAUUGCUGCAAUGCAAGCAGCGGAAGCUUCAAAGAAGCUGGCGGAGAUGGAAGCCAGAAGAAGGCAUGAUGCGGAGAUAAAAGCGAAGAAGGAGGGUGAGGAGAAGCAGAGAGCUUUAAAUGCAUUAGCUCACAACGACGUGCGUUACCGCAAGUAUGAUAUAGAUGAGAUAGAAUUGGCCACCGGCCACUUCUCGCCGACACAGCUCAUCGGAGAAGGUGGUUAUGGCCCUGUUUAUAGAGCUUCUCUCAAUCACACUGCUGUUGCUAUCAAAGUUCUCAGACCUGAUGCUCAACAAGGAAAGAAGCAGUUUCAGCAAGAGGUUGAGGUGUUGAGUUGCAUCAGGCACCCAAACAUGGUGUUACUACUAGGGGCAUGUCCAGAAUAUGGGUGUCUAGUAUAUGAAUUCAUGGACAAUGGGAGCUUAGAAGACCGGCUAUGUCGGCGAGGUGACACACCAUCAAUCCCAUGGCCGAUACGGUUCAAGAUUGCCGCAGAAGUGGCCACGGCCUUGCUCUUCCUGCAUCAAACAAAACCCGAGCCACUAGUCCACCGUGAUCUCAAACCGGCGAACAUUCUGUUAGACCGCAAUUAUGUGAGCAAGAUCAGUGAUGUGGGACUGGCCAGGCUUGUGCCACCCUCAGUAGCUGAUAGUGUGACACAGUAUCGCAUGACAUCCACGGCCGGAACGUUUUGCUACAUAGACCCGGAGUACCAGCAAACAGGAAUGCUGGGAACCAAGUCAGACAUUUACUCUUUGGGUGUUCUGCUUUUGCAGAUCAUUACGGCGAAGCCACCCAUGGGACUCACCCACAUUGUGGAGAGAGCACUUAACAAAGGGACGUUUCAGGAGAUGCUUGAUCCCACUGUCACAGACUGGCCGAUGGAGGACGUCGAAGGCUUUGCACACCUUGCGCUGAAAUGCUCGGAGCUCAGGAAGAAGGAUAGGCCAGACUUGGCCACUGUUGUAUUGCCGGAGCUUAAUAGGCUGAGGACUCUUGGGCUGGAGCAUCAGGCUAAAAGCAUGGGGUGGCUGUAAUUGAAUGGAAGAAUGGGUUUUCAGGAAAUUACCUAUCAGCCUAUCCGA